AGAUGGUGAUGGUGAUGAAUAUGAUUAUGGUGCGGUCCAGCAUUCGUNUCCCCGGGUCGAUUCUGUUGCUAUUAUCGCUGAAUAUGCUUCAGAAAUUCCUUACUUCAAGAAACAAGGUAUUUAUGGGCUAGCACGUUCUUUCCCAACAUCCGCUGCUAUUGAUCGUGUUGCCGCUAAGCAUGGUUUGAAAUGUUAUGAAGUUCCAACUGGUUGGAAAUUCUUCUGUGCUUUAUUCGAUGCUAAGAAAUUAUCCAUCUGUGGUGAAGAAUCCUUCGGUACCGGUUCUAACCAUAUCAGAGAAAAGGACGGGUUAUGGGCUAUUGUUGCUUGGCUAAACGUUCUAGCUAUUUACAAUAAACACAAUCCAGAAAAGGACGCUUCCAUUAAAACUAUUCAACAUGAAUUCUGGAAUAAAUAUGGUCGUACUUUCUUUACUCGUUACGAUUAUGAACAUAUUUCAAAUGAAGAUGCUAGCAAAGUCGUCAAAUUAUUACAAGAAUUUGUCUCUAAACCAAACGUUAUUGGUUCGGCUUUCCCAGGUGAUGAAACUUUGACUGUAGCUGAUUGUGGUGAUUUCUCAUAUACUGAUUUAGAUGGUUCAGUUUCAGAUCAUCAAGGUUUAUUUUUCAAAUUAUCCAAUGGGGCAAGAAUUGUCUUAAGAUUAUCUGGUACCGGUUCAUCAGGUGCAACAAUAAGAUUAUAUAUUGAAAAAUACACUGAUGAUAAGAAUAAAUACGAAGAUUCUGCUGAUGAAUUCUUGAAACCAGUCAUUGCUACUGUUGUUAAAUUCUUGAAAUUUAAAGAAUUCAUUGGUACUGAAGAACCUACCGUCCGUACAUGA